AUGUUCGCGGGGCUGCCUGAGCUCGGAAUAUCCAACGGAGAGGACCUUAAAGAAACUCUCACCAACUGCACAGAACCUCUGAAAGCAAUUGAUCAGUUUCAGAUGGAAAAUGGUAUCCUGCUGCCAACUCUGCAGUCGGCCCUUCCUUUCCUGGAUCUCCAUGGGACGCCUCGGUUGGAGUUCCACCAGUCUGUCUUUGAUGAGCUACGAGAUAAGCUGAUGGAGCGGGUUGCCACCAUUGCAGAGGGAAAGGAGGAUGACAGGUACGGCAAGCUGGAGGAGCUGUUGGAGAAAAGUUUCCCUCUUGUUAAAAUGCCAUCCAUUCAGCCAGUGGUAAUGCAAGUACUGAAGCAUCUUCCCAAGGUGCCAGAGAAGAAACUGAAGAUGGUCAUGGCAGACAAAGAGCUGUACAAAGUGUGUGCUGUGGAGGUGAAAAGGCAGAUCUGGCAGGACAACCAGGCUCUGUUUGGGGAUGAGGUUUCACCGCUCCUCAAACAGUACAUUGUAGAAAAGGAAGCCGCUCUGUUCAGCAGCGACCUCUCCAUCCUGCAUAACUUCUUCAGCCCUUCGCCCAAAACGCGACGCCAAGGCGAGGUCGUCCUCAAGCUGACUCAGAUGAUCGGAAAGAAUGUGAAACUGUACGACAUGGUGCUGCAGUUUCUACGAACGCUCUUCCUGCGAACGCGAAACGUCCACUACUGCACGCUGAGGGCGGAGCUGCUCAUGUCCCUUCACGACCUGGACAUCAGUGAGAUCUGCUCCGUAGAUCCAUGCCAUAAAUUCACCUGGUGCUUAGACGCCUGCAUCCGGGAAAAGUUUGUGGACGGCAAAAGAGCCAGAGAGCUGCAAGGAUUCCUGGAUGGAGUGAAGAAAGGACAGGAGCAGGUCCUCGGAGACCUGUCCAUGAUCCUGUGUGACCCGUUCGCCUGCAACACCCUGGUGCUGAGUAUCAUUAAGAACCUGCAGGAGCUGCUGAGUCAGGACGCUUUACCCAGGGACAGUUCAGACCUGAUGCUGCUUCUCAGGAUGCUAUCACUCGGUCAAGGAGCGUGGGACAUGAUUGACAGCCAGGUUUUCAAAGAACCUCGUCUGGACCUGGAGGUAGUGACACGUUUCCUGCCUGCCAUGAUGUCCGUGGUUGUGGAUGACCACACUUUCAUCGUAGAACAAAAACUUCCCAGCGAGGAGAAGAGCUCGCUGUCGUACCCCACCACCCUACCGGACGCCUUCAUCAGGUACCUGCAGGAGAACAGAGUUGCGUGUGAAAUGGGUCUCUACUACGUCCUCCACAUCGCCAAACUGCGGAAUAAGAAUGCCUUACAGAGGUUACUACCUUCUCUGGUGGAGACGUACAACGACAUGGCCUUUGGUGACAUCUUCCUGCACCUGCUGACCGGACACCUCACCCUCCUAUCGGACGAGUUUGGCUCAGAAGACUUCUGCUCCGUGGUGUUUGAUGGCUUCCUCCUUACUUCUUAUUCCAGUAAAGAGAACGUCCACAGACAUGCCCUAAGGAUGCUGCUGCAUCUACACCACAAAGUGCUACCAUCGUACAUGGAAACUCUAGUGAAGACUCUUGAACCUCCAAAACAGAGUAGCGAGCCGGUGAAGGAGCUCUACACCCAGCUGACAGAGAAGCUGGAGGCCCAGAAGAAGAGCCCUCCGCCGCCGGACGAGCCACCAUCUUUAGACCUGGGGCUGCACCCGGUGACCGUCCCCACCACCGCCGCCACCCCGACAACGCCCAUCUGAGGCCGCACCCGAGACAAGACACUGACUGUAAAUACAGCCACCGUGUGGUCGGCUCCUUCCCCCGGAAAAAGGCUGGACGUUAACUGUUUGUCGAAUGGUUCAUUUCGUGGAGGUUAGCUUUCUUUAGAUGUUUGUCUCUCAGAGGGUCUUCCAACUCUGAUUGUUUAAUCCAACGGCCAACUAUUUUUCUUCAUUACUUUUCUAAACUUUGUGCUCUUGCAUUAUUGUCUAAAAUAUGCAGUAUUUUCAUAUGUAAUUGGGCUAUCGUACUGUCAGUAGUGCAAGAAACCUGUAAAUAAAUGAUUAUAUAGAAA